AUGGCGACCCCGUCGCGAUCAGCGCCGCCAGCUACCAAUCGCAUCUCUACUCCAGAGGACGCACGGCACCACACUCGUCCACAAAAAACGUUCCGCGGCUGUUCCAGAAUUACAGACUACGAUGUCAUGGGGAAAAUCGGAGAGGGUACCUUUGGAGAAGUACACAAAGCCAAAUCUAAGAAGACUGGUAUGGUUGUAGCUUUGAAAAAGAUAUUGAUGAUUAAUGAGAAGGACGGGUUUCCAAUUACAGCCCUUCGCGAGAUCAAGACUCUCAAGCUCCUUUCGCAUAUAAAUGUCUUGAGUCUGGGGGAAAUGGCUGUCGAGCACCCGCCCAAGAAUACCGAUAAGAAGAAGAAGGCUAUUAUGUACAUGGUCACUCCCUAUUUCGACCACGACUUAUCAGGUCUUCUGAAGAACCCAAAUAUCCAUUUUUCGGAACCGCAGAUCAAGUGUUAUAUGCUGCAGCUACUCGAGGGCAUGCGCUUCAUUCACGAUAAUCAUAUCCUUCACCGAGACAUCAAAGCCGCAAAUAUUCUGAUCAACAACAAAGGCAUACUUCAAAUAGCAGAUUUUGGUCUGGCGCGGCACUAUAAUGAACCUGUACCAGUCGCAGGGAAGGGCAAUGGAAUAGCACAUGCGCAUUAUACUGUUGUAGUGGUUACAAGAUGGUAUCGUCCUCCCGAGCUUUUCUUGGAACUACAAAACUAUACUCCAGCGAUCGAUAUUUGGGGAGUUGGUUGUGUCUUUGGCGAAAUGUUCCUUGAGAAGCCAAUCCUCCAAGGCGAGAGCGAGGAGCAGCAGCUUAAACUUAUUUUUGAUUUGUGUGGCACUCCCAACGAGGAGAACAUGCCAGGAUGGAGAUCACUUCCCAAAGCUCAAGGUCUCACAAUCAGCCCGCCGCGCCCUUCGACACUAGCUCGGAGAUUCCGAGAACAAGGCUCUGGUGCUAUCUCUUUGUUGCAGGAGUUGCUAAAGUUGGAUUGGAAGAAGCGUACUAACGCGAUCGAUGCAUUGAAGCAUCCAUAUUUCCAAAAUACGCCAUUACCUUUGAAGCCACAGGAAAUCCCAAUACUAGAAUCAUCACAUGAAUUUGAUUCGAAGCCGCACCGGGGACAGAAGCAAGCCCCGCCACCUCCCAAGGGAGGUGAUGUAGGCAUGGGCCCAGACCAAUGGGACCGAAACGGAAGUGGGCCAGGAUAUGAUAAUUUCCCCGGUCAUCGAAAUCACCAAAACGGCCGCUACCCCCCUCCCCCUCCUACGCACGGUGGCUACAGAAACAACGGUCCACCACCUCCACCAUUUGAAGACCGCAAACCAGCAUGGAGACGAGAUGAUCGAGGCUUACCACCACGACCACCGCCUACUGAUUUUGCUUAUGACGGUGGAAGAUCAGACCAACAUGGUCACCGAUCCAGAUCCCAAGAUAUAGAUGGUCGCGGUCAUCGCGAUCGUGAUCACGAUACCCUUCCUCGCAGCAGAGCAGGAGCAGGCGGUGGGAAUAUCGAUACGUACAUCCCCAGCUACAACCAAAACCGAAGACCACGAGAGGAACGCCCCCCACGAGAGGAACGCCGAGAGGAUCGUCCAAGACACAGUAAUGGAGCCAGACACGAAUAUGACAGUCGAGGUUUGCGUGAUAGUCGAAGCCGUACUCGUAGUCCCAUCAACGAUCGUGGGAGGGAUCGAUAUAGAGAACGGGAACCGCUAGGAGAACCUUAUGUGCAUCGUCGCUGA